CCCGGAUCAUUAUAAUUUUGCAACGUGCGGUAGUCGGACGCGAACGCCUCUCCUUAACUUAUUUGAUAACCUUUUGACACAAACCGGCUACUUUAUAUACAAGAACAAUAAUUAUUACUGAAAGUCGACAUUAGAUAUCAAAAAUCGUGUCAACUGAUCUAGAACUUUAAUAUUUUAAAAUACCGAUCUCGACAACAAAAGAUUUAAGGGAGACAAUCGAGAAAAAGAUAAAAAUUACGACAAAGUUUCAAGCUACUCGAGUCAUAUUACCUAAAUUUUGCUGAGGUCAAUUCAGACAAACGAAACUUUUCAAAUACUCGUAGAUUUUACAACAACUAUGAACGACAACAUAUUGAGGAGCAGUUGACGAAGAAUUUCUGAACCUAAUUGGAUCCCCACUUUGUCUUUGCUUUUCUGGUAGAAAAAUGACGGAACCCUCGUAUAUGCCGAUCAAAGAAGUCCGACCGUCACAGAAGAACAUAAACGUAAUGUUUAUAGUGUUGGAAAUAGGUAAACCCACAAGAACUAAAGAUGGGCAUGAUGUCCGUUCAGUAAAAGUAGCAGAUAAGUCUGGUUCUAUCAACAUAUCUAUCUGGGACGAAGCUGGUGAUCUGCUACAAACUGGAGAUAUUUGUAAACUUACUAAGGGAUAUUCCAAUGUAUGGAAAAAUUGUUUAACAUUGUACACUGGGAAAAUUGGUGAAAUAACAAAAAUUGGAGAAUUUUGUUUGCAGUUCACUGAACUACCAAAUAUGAGUGAUCCUAAUCCCGAUUUAGUAAAGAAUGAACCACCAACCCAAAGAAAAUCACCAACAGAGGGCAGUGAUGCUAAAAACCAACAGGGAAAUUCACCACAGACUCCUAAUAUACAAACUAGUAAUAGACCUCCGUUAAUGGGAACACCUCCAGGUGGAAUGAAUUUCCAGAACACCAGACCACAAGAUCCAAGAAUGGCUCCACAUGAUCCAAGGUUAAUGAACCCACAGCAUAACAGAGGGGGCGGACCCCCACAUGGAAUCAGACCAAUGAAUGGACAAUCUGGGCGUGGCAUGCCAAGAAGAUAACCAAUGAUUGAAAGCUCAUUUGUUUAAAAAAUCAUUCAUUUUGUUCCAAUCAUAUAACUAACAGUGACCUUGAAAUAUAUUUUUGAGAUUAACCCCAAACCCUGACAUUUCUGUUGAAAAUUGUUAUUCUGUUGUGUAAACAUUUAUAUUGAUUUGUAUAAAUUCCAUCAAAAUGGAAAACUUUGACAUCUUUGCAUACAAAUAGGUGGUUAAAAGUAUGAACAAUAUGAAGUCAUCUAAUGUUUUAUCCCUAAUUUUUCUGUUAAAAAAGGGAACAAGUAUCAAAAUAAUGAACAUGAAAACAGAUAAUAGUGGCAAUUUAAAAAUCUUGAAUUAAUUAACAUAAUAUGUUAAAAGAUUUGAAAAUCCACAGAAAAGCGUUUCAGCAAGAGGAAGGAAGCCUU